UCAAUUUGUAGGUUAAAUUAGACAUUAGAAAUGUUAUUCAUUGUCACCGGAUUAAUAAGAAUGUGAGGAAGACUAAAUGUGUCUUUUGUUUAGAAUUGAUUUUAUUGAGAUAAAAAUAUAAGUACUGAAAAUCAAAAUGAAGCGAAUAAAAACCACAAAAGCCUUAUUGCCCCUCGAUUCGAAAAUUGAUCACUACGUAAACAAUGAAAAUGACAAAAGCGAAGGAAUCAAUCAAAGCGUUAAUUCUGAUAAUGAUGGAAUGCCACUGAAGAAAAGGAAAAAAGAAAAGGCAGACAAGAAAUUAAAUGGAAUUUCUAACGAUGAUAGGUCGACUAUUGUCGACGACAAUGUUUCUUCGUCAAUUUUAAGGGCAGAAAAUAAGAAGAGAAAGAAGGAACGGCAGGUGAGAGAAACUGCAGAACCCCCACCGGAUAGUAAGGCUCUGAAUUCAGAAGAAGACCAAACUGAGCCAGAGCAAAUGAAUCAGAACAGAAGGGAAGAAAAAAAUACGAGUGACGAUGAUGAAGUUUCUACAACAAAACUCUCCUCCAAGGAGAUCAAUGAAAUUUCCGCAAACUACUUGAGAUCAAGCUUCAAGACAGCCUCGGGUCUAAGUAUCUUACGAAAAUUUGUGACGAUAUGCAGCGAGAAUACUGAACGUGAGUUAGCAUCAGAAUAUAUAGAAAAAUCAGGGAACGUUUUCGAAAUUCUUCGAUUGUUGGAAGGAUGUGACAGUAAGAAUUUGAAUAAUGUAGCACUAGUGUUCUCUGGUAUGCACAUUGUCAUUAUGAAAAUUCUGGAAAAGUAUCCCCAGAAUAUAGGAUCAGCUCAGGAAGCCUGCCACCACUUCAUAAAUGUCUACGUAUCAACGAUUCAUGCGAUGAUGUCCAAACAAAGUACUCCCAAACAACGGAAGAUAGUCCUACGUUUGCUUGCAUCGAUCGUGUCAUUGGGAGGUACCCUACCUCGAGAAUUACUUGCUCAUCUUUCAUUUCAUGCUGAAAUAGUAAUUCUAAUGUGCCAGCAAACAAAACCAACAGAUCCACAGAGCGUUAGAACAUGUUUCAUUCAUUUUAUUCUAUCAUUUCUUGUGGAUUCUAGAGCUUCGGUCAUCAGAGGACUUUUAGAGAAGCGUGGAUUACUCGCCAGUAUAUUUCCUCAACUUAUUUACGAUUCUCACUUGACUGUGCACCUUGUUUUAAAUACCAUAAAAACUUACGUCCUUGAGAACAGUGCUGUUACAAAAACACUGAAACUACAAGUGUUUUCCACACCGGUUGUGCAAAAUUUGGUGUCUUUGUACAAUUGGAAAGGCCCAAAGAACUGGCCUGGAUUCGAGAAUAAAAAACGAAAGAGUCUCACUGGAUCUGUGGAUCCUGAAGAGCGAGCUCUUGCCAUUGAGACGGUUCAUGAUUUCCUACUAGUUCUUCUGACAUCAAGUCGUUAUGGAAUUAUUUUCAAUGAUAAAACGCUGGGUACAACUGGGAAGAAAUGUAAUCAGCUGGCCAAUACAAUUCUUCAGAGUUUGGAAAAACCCUGGGAGCAUGAAAAACCUUGUGACUUGGUUUUAAAAAUUUUGGCUGCUUGUCCUGAUCUCAUAAAGCAUCAAUUAGCAUACACUCAACCGUUUUUGGAGCCCAGACCUUCGACUAAGUGGAUGGCAGUUAUGGAUUUCAUCAAGAGAGUUCUUGAAGCUGUUGACCCUGAACAUUGUUUCAAGGCUUCUCUUCCACAAUUGACGUCUUCUCAGUUGGUUAAUGCAACAUUAACUUUAACUAUGCCUUCCAUUGUGUUGAAACAUGCUGUUGUACCUUCUCUCCACGCUCCUUGUAUUAUUCUACGCCAUGAAGCUCUCAUCACUCUCACAAUUAUGCUGAAUCAAAUAAGAAAAUUCUUGAAUGUUGCGGAAAAAAAUGUAAGUACUUCUGAAUAUUCAAAUUUACAAUCUCAUGUAAGAGACUACGUCUUAAAAAACCUUCCUUCAGUCCAAGACAUUUUAAAAGUUUGGAGAGAUGCAAAUGAAUCCGACGAAAAUGUAGAUGCUGUACAGGAGAUUUUACUGCCUCGCAAAUCUAAACAUUUUGCAUGCAUUUUGGAUUUACUGCGGUGCUAUCUUCGCAUUUUUCCUGAAUACAUACGAUCAAAUGAUCUUGAAGAGUUGAAGGAGCAUUCUCAGGCAUUACUGACAUCAUUAAAUGCCCUUGAAGAUGUUAGUGAGGAGGAGCUGAAAUUCAUGAAGUUACAAGCAAUUCAAAUAAUUCAACUUUUGAAUCCCAAGAUUUUCGAACCCAGGGAACAAUUUUUGGCAAACACUCUUUUAUUCUUGCUACCUCUACAGGAAGAUUCUUCUGAUAAAAUUAAAUUUGAGGGAACGCAAACGAUAAAAUCGCUUUUGCAGGCAUCAAAAAUAUUUGAAAAGUGCGAGGAUCAAAUAGAUAUCUGGUUAAAUAGUUUGAAUCUUCUCAAGAAUUCUGAAGAGAGAACAGAAGUUUCUCAGUGGCUAGUAAAAAUCAUACCAAAGGCAGCCAAACAUGCUGUAAAGUACCAGGGAUUGAUAGAGAAUGUUGAAAAGACUGCAGAAAAUACCGAUGCUGAUGUGGUUCGAACAGAAAAACCUCCAAAAAUUGAAACCAAUUUGAAUAAGUCAACAAAACCAACAGCGAGUAUUCCAGCUAUUCUGUGUGCUAGUUUCGAUAAUUUGAAAAAGCAUUGGAACGAAACUGCAGGAAAAUUCAUUGGGUUCAUAACGGUUUUAACAUUGCAUUGUCAAGUAUCGCCAAAUACUUUAAUUGAAAUGAGUAAGGAUAUUCCAGGCAGGCAAUUGGAAUAUCUAAAUAGCUGGAGAGUAGGAGAGACGCCGAUGCCCCUGAAGAAGAUAUUAUCAAAGAACAUUGUAGGGAGAUUCAGCAAACAUUUACUUACCAGUGAAGUAAUUGAAUUCGAUAGAAUUCUGAGUAAUGAAGAUGGUUCAAUUUCAAACUAUGAAUUUAUGAAUCUAGUCCGAAUGACAGUCUUUUAUCUGACUCAAUUUAUCCAGAGAGGUGAACUGACCGAGAAGAGACUUGAUCAAUAUAAACAAGUGAUAAUUAAACUCUUCGAUUUUAACAAAUGUUCAAGCAAAGAAAAGUAUGACUCAAAUAGUGUAAUCGAAUGCACCAGAUAUAUUCUGAUACAUCCAAUACUUUUGAAUUCUUUCAAUCCAGUGGCGAAGAUACAAGAUAAUACAGCGAAGAUUGUAACUAUUGGCCUUGUCGAAAUUUUCGAGAAAAUUGUGGAUAUUAAUGAGGAGUCAGACAUUCAAGAUUUAUUAGUGCCCUUUAAGAAUAAAUUAAUGUCUCUUUUGAAAGUUGUUCUGAGGAAAUGUGCAGGUGGGUGGGCACUGAGAACCACACAUUGCCUCCUGAAAUAUAUCUCAAUUCUUCAACUGAAAUCGUCUGACCUCCAAGAGAUUCUCAAAAGUCUAACGAAUUUACCACGGGAAGGUUUUUUAACUGAAGAUAAAAAAACUCUCUCUAUUUGGGGACAAGUUGUGCCAAGAUUAAUGGAAUUAUUAUCGGAAAAGAAGAAUUUAGAAAUGAUUGCGCAAUUAUCAAAAGAAACUCAAAUGGUCCAUAAGGUGUUUAUCUAUUUUACACAUUUAAAAUGCACAAGACUAAACAUAGAGAGUUGGGAAAAUUCACUUUAUAAAUUCUUGAAUGCUUUCCCUCAUCUCAUCGCAGUAGUGGAUCUAAAAACUUUCAACUCCUUACUAGAGAACGAACUUGGUGAAUCAACAAUCCGCCUUAUAUGUUUUCUCACCGAGAGAAAUCCAAAAUUAAUUCCACCAUUCACCAAACACGUUUCAAGCGACAAAAUUCUAAUUGGACACCCUAAACUAAUUUUCGGCGUCUUAUCGAGCAAUUUGACUUACAAAUGGAGUUCAGAAUUUCUAUCUAAAAUUAACCAACAAUAUGAACAGAAUAUUAUUGAAUUCUUUUUGUUCUCCGAAAAAUCUCAAGAUUGGCUCAACCAAAAUGUAGAUGCAGUGACGUAUCUGAUUAAUGCUUGCUUCAGCCUUGAGGUAUGUGAGGGAAUUUCAAGAAAAAGCUUGUCCAGUGGCGAUAAACUUGAAACCGUAGAUUUGAACUAUACGAAACUCCUCUACAAUCUGUUCUUAAGAAUUUCUCAACUGCAUCAGAAUCCCCAGGAAAUUCUCACUCAAACUAUUCAAGUUCUCAUUCGACUAAGCGUUACAAUUCUAAAAAAGAAUACAAGAGACGAAGAACGAAUUGAAAUUCUCUGCAAGUAUAUUUCCGAAACAGUUACAAAACUCAAAUCAUUUAAGAAAAACAUUAUUUUGGAAGAGCUGAGUAAAAGUUACUCGUGGCCUCAGUUCACGAGGUUCUCUUUAAGAUCAGGACUGAAGAAUUUGAAAAGCGGUUCUACAAAAGUUCUAUCAUUGUUGAAGACCUUAUCAGAAGUCUGUGACAUCGCUUACGAAGAUGAAAGUCAAUGCGAAUAUGUAAAAACAUUAUUCGAGAUGAUAACAUCGCAUUCCGAAUUCGUGAACCUCAUGUUGAGUUCUCAGGACAUCAAGCAAGAUUUACUUCGACUCAUCUUUAUCCUUAUCAAGAAGAAUUCAACAAUAAUGACGUCAUCUCAUAUUCCCCUGUACUUAUCAGCUUAUAAUGCCUCGUUGAGUCAGUCCGAUAAACAAAUUUUGUUGAUUCUCCAACAUUAUGAAUGUUCGGGAAUCAAAUUGACGGAAUAUAAACCUUAUCUGUUUGGAGAGGCUGCGGCCUCUCAUCACAAUGUAAGGGGGAGAACAGACACUGCUAUUUGGAGACAACCAUCAAAUUCGCAAGUCCUACAGCUCUUCAACAUGGAUAUGGUCAGGAAUACGAUAAUUAAUUUUCCAGUUGAAAGAACACUGCAACUCAAUGAAUUACCGUGCGAUAAAAAUGUUUAUGAUCCAGCAUUUUAUUUACCACUGUUGACACACUUGCUAGCAGACAAUAAUAUGAUUGAAUGUCAUAAUGUUACUCAAUCUGGUGCACUAGCAUUGGUGUUUGCUGCGUGCGGAAGCACCUGUCAGGAGAUUCGUAUGAGUGCACUCACUAUUUUAUCCAGAUUCUACUUUCAUCUCGAAGCUACAAGAUCAAAGGAAAAGUUGCUGUGGAUGCGUAUGAUUGACGUGGUGCGGAAUGCCAUUGCAUCGCUUGACUGUCCACUGACUAAUGUUCGUUUGAAUUGUUUUGUUUCGACAUUCCUCGCAAAGAGUUCACUGAUUGCUACUCAACCAUUGAAUCCACUCUACGCUCCUCUCCACAAUUUUUUUAUGGCUAAACCAGAACUCGAUUUGAGAACAAUACCGGAAUUUUUAACCUUGUUCAAUAGCUCUCAUAUCAAUCAUAAGGUGCACCGGCAUUGGAUUCUGGAGGUGGUACGUGAUGGAUUAAAGACAAACUUCGAUAUGGAAAUUGCAUCAAGAUUCUUUUUAUUCAGAAUGCUCUUCUAUGUUUAUGGAAGUGUUCUUACUGAUGCCGAUACCAAAACUUUGAUUCUCCAAGUGAUCAAAUCGGCCGUGACAAUUCCAAAAGCUGCAUUGUUUUUGUGUCACAAUUCUGAAUUACUUGUCUGGCUUAAUGUAGUUGCCAGUGAAAUAAAUUCUCGAGACAACGAAGGCUUCGAGUUAAUCAUCGAAAUAGUUAGGACUUUACUCGAUACAUUAUUGAGUAUCAAUGAUAGAAAUAGUCACAUUCAAUUCAUGUUACUCGAAGUUUUAAAAAUUCUCAUUCCAAAAUUAUCUAGGAAUACAAAAGUGAGCUGUUACUCCAAAUUGUUGCGCUCCCUUGAAGAAAUUUUGAAAAACAAAUCAUUAUGUACGAUGAUCCAUAAAGAUCAAAUUCAGAGAUUGGUUGAAAUAUCGAUGAAUAUUGUGGGCGAUGUACAAGAGUGCGCAGAGAUUUUAAUCUAUAAAUGUGAGUUUGUGGGGAUCUCGGAGUCAAUAGACUGUAAUGAUGAACUUGAUGCAGCCAAAGUGAAUCUUAGAAAUAUUGUCAUCCUCUGGCGAACUCAGAUAAAAUCAUAAUUUAUCGAUGAAGAACUAUUGUAAAUAAAACGUCAUAUUUUCUUGAA